AUGGCGCAAGUGUGGCUCUAUCCGGAGGAAGGAUGGGCGCGCGCCUCCUGCAACAGCCACUGGCUCCUCAAGACGCCCUGGUGGUCGCGUCGCCACUGCUACGUCCUCGAGGUCGAGGGAACCAAAAGUUAUGCGUCUCGCCCACAGGUGUGGCUCUAUCCGGAGGAAGGAUGGGCGCGCGCCUCCUGCAACAGCCACUGGCUCCUCAAGACGCCCUGGUGGUCGCGUCGCCACUGCUACGUCCUCGAGGUCGAGGGAACCAAAAGGCACAAGACGGUGGCGCGAGUGAUGCCAGCGCGGGAGGGCGAGGUCGUCGUCGAGGGCACCUUCAGAGGCAUCCCUGACCCCGACUUCCGUUUGGUGUUGACCUCCAGCUUGACCCCUGCUGACCAGCGGCGAGGUUACCAUAUGACAGGGUCACUUGAGAGAGGAGACCGGAAGACGGGGCUCUGGCAGACGACCCACCUCGCUGUUACCAAACGCUCCGGCUUCUCCUGAAGGUGGAACGUCCGCCUCCUCUUUCCGGUGUUCCGUCACUGGCGGCCCUUCACUUCCGCCCGCGCCCACACUCCAAAUAUUCCCCAGCUCUGACGGGGGGAUCGGCUAUGAUCUCUUCCUCACCUGGUGCAAGACUGAGGACCAGAAGUCAACCUACAGGAAGAAGCUGAAUUCAUCGGCAGAGCUACACGAGGUCUUUCCGAAGACUUCGCUCUUGUAGGCUCGCUGUUGCUUUGAGUGUGUUUGAUUUACCUCGUGAGACUGGCGAUAUCCUCAUGAUAAUACUCCUUUAAUAUAAUGAUGGAUAUAUUGAAUGAGCACUCACUCCUAAUUGCUCGGCCUGUCAUCUGGAGAAACGCCAGUGACAGACGCAAGCGAAGUUAGUAACAAAUGUGAUUAAGAACUCCUAACUAUAACAAUCAAGCUCGAGGUCGCAACUUGUAUAAUGCUAAAGUUCAUCUCCUUGUAUCGCACGCUGUAUGUCCCCCUGACUGAUGAUAAAAUAUCCUGUGAUCUAAUUAUACAAAGUGUCGAUGGUUCACUUCCGGACAUCUCUUUCUCUUCGACCUUAAUGAUGCCAAGCCCUAAGCACGUGGUCUCUUACCCUUAUUUGCUCUCGAUCUCGCCCCCCCCCCUCUCUCUCUCUCUCUCUCUCUCUCUCUCUCUCUCUCUCUCUCUCUCUCUCUCUCUCUCUCUCUCUCUCUCUCUCUCUCUCUCUCUCUCUCUCUCAAUCUAGCUAUCUAGCGGUCUAUCUACUUAUUUGUGCAUCUACCUAUCCGUGCAUUUAUAUAUCUAUCCGUCUAUCCACCCAUCUACCAAUCUAUAACUUAUCUAUCGACAAUACAAUAACCUUGUCCAUGUUAGUCUAAGUGGGUGAUCAGAACUAUACAGCAGAUACACAUACAUGUCUUUUGCACCAAAAGAAUACUAUAAAUAACACUCUUUCUUUGAUAUUGAAGAAAAGUGCCUUAAGUGAUUAAACUUUUAAACUGAUCUCGUCCUAAGCAGCAUCUUGCAAUGGCCAAUGUAUCUGAUUGUUUGUGAUGAAGCUCGGGUUUGAAUACACGUGUUAUAAUGAUAUAUGUCUAUAAGGGUGUUUGCGCAGGUGUGUGUGUUUGCGUGUGGCCCAAAUGCCGUUACCUGAAGCUGCCUAAGAUCUAUCCUCUAUACGUUCUCGUUGCGCUGUGUAGUUAUAGGUUUAAGUUGUUGCUAACGUGCUAUAAGUCCUCACAUUUAUAUAUUGUUAAGUAUACGAACUUAGGAAUUGAUUAUUUUGUUAGUUCAUUGUGCAUCUGACGUUGAUGAAUCUAGAUACAGAGAUUUUAUUAGUCUCAAGGCUAAAGAUAAAGAUUAU